AUGACGACGUCGCGACGCGUUCCGACCCACGUGAUCACUGCACUUUAUUAUACGAGGUUCGUCUUCACCAGCAUCCUCAUCGACGACUGGAACACUGGCGGCUUCGUCGCCCGACGUAGCCGACACAUCCCUGGAACACUCUUGCUUGAUAUUCCACCCAAACGACUUGCCGCUGGCUGCCUGGGCAUCCUCCAUCGAAGUCACCUUAUACCCCCGCUCCACGCAUUGCGUUGUACAAAUAUUUCCUUGGGCUUAAGGAAAAGUCAACAUCGUCCAAGACAUAACCACGACGACCUCAUUUGCUGGUCACAUAUACACAUCAUGGACGUUCUAUCUGCGACAGUAGCAGGCUCACGGCGUCCGAUUGCUAUUUCAUCGAAAAGCUUUGUAGCCGGCGCCCAUCGCACCGCCAACCACACAACAUCCUCUUCCUCUGUCGAUCAUCCCGUCUCUAGCACAUCGCGCAGAAAGCCCAAAAUCACGUACCGAUCACCUUCCAAACAGUUUCCGGGCGACCUCUGUCUAGAGCGCUCAUCUCACACCGCCGCUUCUUCCAGCUCCCUCCUCCACGCCGCUCCAAACAGCACAUCUCACCCCAAAAGCGCACUCGCUUUGCAUACAUCACCAACAAUGUCUCAUUACAUGCAGAUUGCCAAACCUCCCCUGCCUUUAUAUCACCCCCAGGGCCGGCUCGCGCUCUCUCUCCCCGAGAUCGACCCCGAAACCCUUGGACUCCGAAAUGCACGCCCCAUCACUAUCGACGAUCCUACCCGGCGUUCAUCAUCGCGCGCGCGACGUCCCGCCCCGAAACUGCGCGAGGCCGACACCACCAUGGAGCCCACCGCGACCGCCACCGACGCGCCCCGCGAGAAGGCCAGCCCGCGCAAGCGGAGGGCGGGCCAAGGAAACGCAAAACGCAAGCGCCGGGAGCCGGAGGACGGCGAUGGAACGUAUCCUGCGAAGCGCACCCGCAACGUGCGGCCCGCGGCUCAGACAGCGUCGGACGUUGGGUCGCCGCGGGGAUCACUCGCGCCUGCCGAGGAGGCGAAGGAGGCAGAAGUAGCUGAGGCGGUCGAAGGUCUCAAGGUUCCCGAGAGGCGGUCCACACGCUCGCGCGCAGCCGCGGCCGCUGCAGCCAGAAAACCGAAUCAGCCUCGGAGGAAUUCGAGCGCCAGCGACGAGACUCAGACCUCAUUAUCGGCCUCGGUCGUGCAGAAUGCAGGGCAAAUGAAGAAAGAUGGAAAGGACAAGGUGGAGGCGGAUGUGGAGACGAGGGAGAAAAAUCCGACAAACGGCCGGAAGGCUGGGGAUCAUAGUACUGGGACGGCGGCCGAUACUUUGGAGCAGAUAAGUCAAGCAGGAAAGCGAGGGAAUGAGGUCGAGCAGCCAACGGAGAGAGCGGCAGCGCUAGACAUCAUCUCUGUCAGAGUUAUUGAAUCUCCCAUGGACCAUGCAGAUAACCAAAAAGAAGAGGGCGAGCUCAGCGAAGAAGGUGAGCUGCCUUCAAAGGGUUAA